CAGUCGUCAGUCGUCCGCCUGCUGCUAAAAAUCAACUUCAACAAAAUUUAGUUGGUCUUUGUCUUUCGCUGCUUUUGUUACGAAUCUUCGCUGCCCUUUUCCUUUAAAAGGGAUUAUAUUUUAUAAAUUGAUAACAUCGCGUAAACGCUUUUCAGAUACGCCUCUAAGUUGUAUACAGCUUAAUAACAGAUUAAAGUUAAACCUCAUAAGCUCAGUUUCUGUACCUGACAGAAAAAUAGCCCAAAAACAAGGUUACAAAUUACACCGACAAAAACCAGUUCACGGAUAACCCAGCAAUCGACUGCCAGUUUAUCAAUUCUGUGAAAGAAGCCAGAGCUCAUCAUGCUGAUUGGAUUAGUACGCGACUCUGUGAUGCAGUGCUUCUGUCACACGUGCAGAGCACCAGGAAUUUUACCAGCAGUGUCAAGGAGAUCCGUACCAAUCAAGAAAAAUAAUAAGACCCGCUCAAAGCAGCCGCGGCUAAGCAAGAAAGUUAAAUUUAUCACCACAGAAAUUCGUUGCCAGGAGAAGUCUCGCGGAGGGCUGAGUUAUGAGGUCAUACUGGCCGAGCCGGCACCCAAUGUACCAGUCCCGAGACGACCGGUCACUCCCGGCAAGAACGUAAGCGUCGAGGAGAUUGAGCAAAAACUAAAAGCGGCCGAAGAACGUCGCAUUUUUCUUGGAGCUAAGAAGAUGGCUGAAAUUUCGAACAAGCUCGCAAAAGUUGAGGAGGCCACUCGUAAAAAGGAUGAAAUUACCAAUGAGUUCAUAACUCAGACCAAGGAGCAGCUCGAGUCGAAAAUGGAGCUGCAUUUGGAGAAAAGAGAGGCCAUAAUUAGCGAUAUGAAAGAAAAGCUAAAGAUUCAUGCUCAGGAGAUCGAAAAGACGCGUGAAAGUCUAGAGCAGCAGAAGGCCGAUGAGCAGAAGGCAAUCGAGGAAAAAUUAAAAAUUGCCCAGUUUUUGCGUGACGAAAACAUAAAAAAAAUGUUGGAUCGUCUAAAGGAGCACAACACAAUAAAAAUUGCCGAAAUCAAAUCCCACAACGAUCAAUUGGAUUGUCAAAGGCUCGAGGAGAAAGCACGCAUCUAUGAGAACAAAUUGUUUGUCGCAGAGCAAAACCGUGAAAAGGAAUUGCAAAAAAGAAUUGAAAAAGUUCAAAAACUUGAGCGUCGUGCCGAACUUGUGCGCCAGAACAAGGCCCAGACCCAGGAGUUAGAUGGUCAGCAGAACCCAGUAGCCUUAUCAGGUUAGAAAGCUGAUCUGAAUCGAGAGCAGUGCUCACUCACUUCACAAAAGGCGAUUAGGAAAGCAGCUGUUUUUCAUAAUAAACCAACACAUGUUUAAGUAAAAAACCAUUUAAAAUAAACAAAAUUCAUAAAAGUGUUUACAUAUAAUAAAAGCAAACAAAAUCAUACCGCUAAGCGUGUAGACCAGAUAACAUCUAUAUAUUUAUUUUGAAGCUCCUGCCUUUACGGAACUCUAACACGGGAAAGCUAAGAAAAGGCUAACCAAAUUUGUAUGCUUACGGUAAAUAAAAAAGUUAGUAAUGGAAAUCUACAUUUAAACUUAAAAGCCCAGGCAAAAGAAACCAAUCAAAUUGAAAAUCCGUCAUUUAAAAAACAUAUACUUUUUAUCAAUAUUUUUCUGUAUUUUAAAGUUACUCCUUGCCUUGUUUUUGCAAAAAAUUUUUAAUUUUGUGUUCUUUAAUUUGACAAUCUAUGUCCCUAUAGUUUGUUAUUUUUUUUAGCUGGGACUGGGAAUAAUAAUAAUAAUAAUUUGUAGGUUUACCAUCGAUUUUCAUGUUAAAAAUUUUGUUAAUUAUUUUAAAAUUUGAGUAAAAUAAUUUAAUAUAUAAUAUAAAUAUAUAUGCAGAGCACAGUUAGACUGCCAAUUUGGAUUGAUUUCUCAUUUUCUAUUUUAAAAAAAUCUAAAAAAAUACUUUACAAAUGCUUAUAGCACUCGGUCAAAUCCAAUUACAUUUAGACGCGCGAAAUAACAAUUAUUAAAAAUUUUUUUUAUAUAUUAUAUUUUUGAGUAGAAUACUUUAAGCUUUUCAAUAUUUUGUGCUAUUUUUUUAAUAUGGGCUUAUGAAAAGUGAGUCGGGGCUAUAAUAAAAAUACGUGUUAAGAAAAGUCCAAAUAAAACAUUAGGACAUAUUUUCCCAAAAUCUGCAAGGCUUUUUUAGGCCGCUCAAAUGACUUGCUUAAAUUUAAAUCUUAUACAGUUAUAUAUAUGUACUCGAAUAAUACUAAUGCUUCUAUUUAUAAAAACCGCAACCUCCUAUUAAGAAGUGCAUUGCCAAUUAAAGAAAGUGAAAAAGAAAAUUAUCAAAAAGCGUCAAUAAAAUUGAUAAAAAUGCUUUAACAUUAAUUAAAUUUAUGUAUGUCUACCCAAAUGCAAUACUCAGAAAAAAUCUUGUUUAUAUAUGAAAUGAGAAAUUAUCAGAUUAGCACAGAAUACUCUUCGGGCAAAAUUCGGAUAUAAUCGACGUAAACAUGAUUAUAAUAUCAAUCUUUAAUCAGCCUAAAGCAACACAUACCGAAUGCAAUACUCAAUUUUUUUUUUUAAAUUUGAAGACAAAAUUAUUAGAGUUGGUACAGAAGAUUUUUUGGGCGAGAUCGACUUAAACAUUUAUACUGAUGUUGAUGAUGAUCAAUUAACAUCCGCCCAAAGACACGCAUGUAUCUACAAAAAUAAAUAAUUCGAAAAAAAAAAACAUUAUUUAUGUAUAAAAAGAUAAAUCUAUCAGGGCGAAAUUCGGGUUAAAUUAACGCAAACAUCAAAACAAGAGCAUCCUUAAAACCAAUCAAGGAAAUGCAUGUGUCUAUCCUGACACUGAUAAAUCGGUAAAAUAUUUUAAUGUAAUAUGAACCCAUGCAAGAAAUACAAUAGCCUACAAAACACUUUUUCGAAAUUCCAUGCUUAAAUAAGGUUCAUAUAAGCCACAAAAACCUGACCACAUGCUAGCAAAUACUUAUUACAAUUGUACAAUAAAAGUGAACAAAACAAAUAAAUUAAAUAUUUAUUAUU